AUGAGUUCGUAUAAGGAAACAUGUCAGGGAAAAGAUGGUAAGGAGACCCAAAACCAAAACUUUGAUCGUGCAUUCAAAGAAGAAGGAAAUAAAGCAAAAGAUGAAACUCCAUCAUGUCCAUCACCAAAAGAUGCUCCAAAGCUGUCUCCUAAAGUUGAAAAUCCAUCAUGUCCAUCACCAAAAGAUGCUCCACAGUCAUAUCCUGGAGUCGAAAAUGCAUGUAUGGCCAAAAUCACAUUCUCUGACGAUGAUCUUCUGUUUUGUGACACAUUUCAUAAUCGCCCUCUAUUCAUGGUUGGUUUUGCACGUGAGAAAAGGGUGAAUAGAAUCCUAGUCGAUGAAGGAACUGGAAUCAACAUCCUUCCAAUUCACACAAUGAAAGAACUUGGGAUAUCAACAACAGAUCUUACUGAUAGUCGCUUGAUGAUCCAAGGAUUCAAUCAAGGAGGACAAAGGUCCAUAAGGACCGUCAAAAUAGACCUUGCCAUCAGAGAGUUGCAAUCAAACGUGUGGUUACAUGUAAUUGAUGCAAAGACUUCAUAUAACAUUUUGCUUGGUAGGCCGUGGGUACAUGAGAACACAAUAAUCCCAUCUACUUACCACCAAUGUUUGAAGUAUUAUGAUGAUGGAGUUGCAAAAAGGAUUAUUGCAGAUGAUAAUCCAUUCACUGAAGCUGAAGCGCACUUUGUUAACGCAAAGUUUUACUUGAAGAAAUAUUCCAUAAAAGUUGAUGCCAUUGCAUCCGGAGAUGUCGGACUCCUUCACAAUAUGGCUAAGGUAGCGGUUGGUAAGGCAAAAGUCGCAAACAAGGAAGAUUCAAAGCUUGGAAAUCCAAACAAGAUGCCUAACGCAAAGGAGGACAAAGGACACUCUCUCAAGUUGCGAGAAAAUGCGCUAGAAGGGUUGACCCUUCCUGUAAGGCGAAUUGAUACGGUGAAGUCAUCCACAAAAUUACUUGGGAAGUCUGUGGCUUCUAAGUCAUUACUUCAGGGAAAAUUUAUGGCCCCUAAGUCACCCCUAUAUGAAGCACUCCCAAUGAAGCGUACAGAAGAAUGUUUUGAUCCUAAUGCUUACAGGCUGCUAGUAAAGGCUGGAUUCGAUCCAAACGAACCAUCAAAAUUGGGGAAGCUUCCAUCAGAAUCUGCUAUGAGGCAACAACGUGAAGGGUUGGGCUACAAACAACCUCCACUUAUCCGCAUCUCCAUAAAAAGGGUAAGCAACAACUACAUAACUGUGGAAGAUGAGUCUACUAAUUCUAACAAAAGGCCUUCUGUCUUUGAUCGACUUGGAAGCUCAACGAAGAGGAUUUUUGUAUUUGAGAGGUUAGGGCCAUUGAGGAAGAAAAACAAGGUUUGGAGAAAUAGCAAAAAUGAAGAAAAUGUUGGCUCUUCAUAUCAUGUCGCUACACAAGAUGAAAGACAUAAUUUUUCUCCAAUUAAAAUUGAUGGAGAGUUGGAAAAUGUUUCAUGGUGUUACCAUAUAUCUUUCAACGAUGGAGAACCUCAAGAAGAUGAAGAUGCUAAAGAUGCGUCACCCGAACUUGAAGAAAGAGUAAAGAUGACAGUUGAUGCAUUGAAAGAAAUCAACCUUGGAACUGUUGAAGAUCAAAAACCCACUUAUGUGAAUGCUUCACUGGCGAGUGAUGAGGAAAAAGCCUACGUUGACUUACUCAAAGAGUAUAAAUAUGUAUUUGCCUGGAGUUACAAAGAAAUGCCUGGAUUAGACUCGAAGGUAGCAGUCCAUCAUUUUGCUGUGAAAAGCGGUGCACGUCCCAUCAAGCAAGCUCAACGGCGUUUUAGGCCUAAAUUUGUUCCCGUGAUCAAAACUGAAGUUAACAAGCUUAUUGAAGCUGGCUUUAUCCGUGAAGUUAAGUACCCCACAUGGGUUUCAAGUAUUGUCCCUGUGAGGAAGAAGAAUGGGCAAAUUCGAGCAAUGUCUUUUAUGGAUGGUUCAACCGGCUACAAUCAGAUCUGCAUGUCGCCAAAUGAUGAGGAGUUGACUGCAUUCCGCACUCCUAAUGGCAUUUAUUGCUACAAAGUAAUGCCUUUCGGUUUAAAGAACGCAAGAGCAACAUACCAAAAAGCUAUGCAAAACAUCUUUGAUAACAUUCUUCACAAAAAUGUUGAAUGUUAUGCUGAUGAUUUAGAAGUGAAAUCAAGAAAAAAGUGUGCUCACUUGCAAGACUUGAGGAUGGUGUUUGAUCUACUAUGA